AUGGAGAUGCUAAUGCUUCCAGCUUGCAGUCCUCCUUCCCUCCCUUUGUGCAGCCCUGAUGGUGCUUCUACGCUUGAAGAGGCGAAUGCGUUCGCAACACAAGUCAAAGGCGCCGAAAUUAUUCAGGUUCAUGCUUCAAGAAUGGUGCCAUCGAUCUAUCAUCUUCACUCUCGGGGUCGGGAGGAGGUCACGAUCAAGCACCUUCAGGGUCGUCACAAGAACGAUUGGCGUUGGGUCAUCAAGCAGGGUCGUCACAACUGGAGGCGUCACAGCCGGCUCAGACAAGCAACAGAACGACACAUGAUCCGGUCAGCGUCAGGACGGAUGAUCAAAUAAAAAUGCUCUCGUCAGGAGUUGUCUCACGAGAGGGCGAGGAGAGCAGUGGACAUCACAGUUGUCAACCCGCGGCGUCGCUUCAUCCUAGACAGGAGAUGUCUGAGACGAGUCCUGCUCCUCUUCUAAUCGAUACAUUUUUUUUGACAAUGAGAAGUUGCAAUCUAAAGGCUUUGGCAAUCGUACGUCGAACAACUUUUUCUCUUGAUGGACGUGAGACAAAGGGUCAACUACAGCGAUGAUUCGACGUUACACAAGGGCUAACUACAGCAAACAUUGCUGCUCUUUCCAGGACCUCCACAAAUCUUCAUCAAUGAUUGCUCUUACUUUUACCGAUCAAUAAUUAGAGAGUUCUUGUCUUCUUCCUGCAAAACAUAUGCUUACGUGGUCACAUCGUCACUAAAUUUCAAUGACAGGUGUAUACUAAUACUUGGCGAUAGCUACUCUUUUCUAUCUUCCUCUGGUCUUUUUUUUUCUAGUUAGAAGGUCUCUCUGCUCAUACAGAGAUCAUAGAAGAAGAGACGGUAGAAGAAGAGGAAGAGCUAAGUACGUGUUGGACAAAACGAAGCCUCGUAUGCUUAAUGCUUGGGAGUUGACAUCGCUAUGCGCGUCUCUAUGUCUUCAUCUUCAAGUAGGAAAGCCAAGGUUUCGCUUCUCGUUAUAUAAAGACAGGCAACAAUAACAAGGAAGGGGGAACGAAAGUAGGGCGAAAUCGGUUGGCGUUCCUCUACAGCGCAUCUUUCGGUUUCUCGAGCCAAACUAAUACAUAGGGGUGUUAUAGAUUGCAGACAUGAUAAGUGUAGCAUGUGUAGUCCCUCUACGGCUACGUAAAUCCGCCCGAGAAGGCAGGUAAAACUGUGGACGGCGGACUUUAUCCUAUCAUAUCCUAUGCGCGUCUCUAUGUCUUCAUCUUCACGUAGGAAAGCCACAGAUAUGCGAGCUAGAGACGCCGACUCUCAGCCCCUAAUAUGCUAGAGCAUGGCGGGAAGGCUAGUCACAUGGAGGAAGCUCCGAUCUUCUGUAAUAG